UGGAAAUCUUGAUGAAAAAAGAAACCCAUUAUUCUGGAAACAAAUCUGCAAAAGAUCCUACUCAUAUAUAGUAAAGUUUCGAUUUUCCCUUUUUAAUCUGUGAUUUCCGUUGGGUUUCUUGCAGUUUGUGGUGCUCUUAGAUCUCUCUCUCUCUCUCUCUCUCUCUCUCUCUCUCCAAAACCUCGUUUCAAACCUCAACGAGCAACGGAGGGGAAAAUAGUGAAAGAGAGGAUUAGACGUCUGUCUGGUGGUGUUGAUGCUAAUUUAUUGAAUAUAUAUAAAAGCAUCAAGGCAGCUCUGGCUCUCUUCCCAAUCUGUUUUAAUCUCUUCCAUGCGUUUAAGAUCAAAGAGGACUUGUUCUGGUGUGGAGUGCUUUGGGGCUUUUCAUUUAAAACGCUUCUUCUUUUCAAUCUCAAGUCUAGGGUUUUUGGUUUUCCUCUGGACUGAGAUUUUACGACAGAUUGCUUCAAUUUCUUCUCACUGGUGCAUUGGAGGUUUAGCGUUUUCUAUUCCUGGAACAUUGGUGAGAAGAUGCCAGGGCUUCAGAGACAGUUUUCGAAUCAAAAUAUGAACAGCAAGAAAGUGAAGAAGGAGAAAAUAGACAAUGAGAAUUCCUUGAAUCGAACUAGAAUAAUUCGUGUUAUUUACGAUGAUCCUUAUGCCACAGAUUCUGGCAGUGACGACGAUGAGCCAAUUUAUGGUAAUGUGAAUGUGUUUCCAAGAAUUAAGCGUGUCGUUAGGAAUAUCGUUAUCCCUCCAAAAGAUUCUUCUGUAGGAAAUUCUUCGUGGUCACGUAGCAAUGAAGGGGUGGCUGAUAAAAAGUUGGGGGAAAAUACAAAGACACAAAAAGCGUCGUCUGUAUACAAAGGUGUACAGAGAAGGAAGUGGGGAAAAUAUGCUGCAGAAAUUCGAGAUCCUAUUCUAAGAAAACGGCUUUGGCUUGGUACAUAUACGACUGCGGAAGAGGCUGGCAAUGUUUAUCAGAGAAAGAAGCUUGAGUUUGAAAUGAAGAUUUUGGCGGAGAGGGUUGAGAAUGUGAAUCCUUGUGUUUCGGAAGAAACCAAUUAUUUGUAUUCCCAUCCAUCACCCUCAUCUGUUCUUGAUGUCUCCACAACAUGUAUUACCAAUGGCAUUGGCAACUCAACCAAUGAGGAAAACAAUCUGAUAAAAUCUGUGGUGAAGGAGGAAGCCGAUUUGGUACAGAUUUUGGAAGAAGAGCCACCCAUUUCAGCAUUCUUAGGAGGCUCAAUUUUCCCACCCCCUGUCGGUCAAGAACUCGAAUUUGGUUUUAACAGCGAAUUGUUACCAAUUUAUGAUUUUGAACAAGCCCCGAUUUCAGAAAUCUUGGAAUAUCUAUCAAUAUCUCCGCUGCUUGAUUUGGGAUUCGAGAGUAAUUCGCUAUGCUGUAAUGAUAUCGGACAGUUUUUCAAUGGUCAAGGUCAUGAGGUGGACAUGGACUAUCCAAUUUGUGAGGUUCAAGAUGGAGAAGGAAUUGGUGUUCAUGACUUUGAUUUUGAGCUAGACGAAGAGGAGCGUGCUUGGGUUGAUGAAGCCUUGAAUUUAGCCUGUCCAUAAACUUUUGCAGUUGAGGUGGUAAAUUCAUCAAAAAUAUUCGAGUGUUGUGAAAAAAAGAAGAGAACCAGGAGCUGAACAGUCCUCUGUCCGUCCCGUUUUCGGGUCCUUCUGGGGCUCAGUUUCAGUAGCGGAAUGAGUUGGUGAGAGUGGGAAUUGGUCCUUGUGAGUAAAAGUUUCGGCUUUUGAGGAGGGUGAAUUGAGAGAGUUCUUGGGUUUUUUCCCUGUGCUUUUAAAGCCGUCCAAGAUUUUUCCAGCUCUCUAUUACAGUACAGUAGUUGAGUAAUUAUUGUUAUUCGUAGAAGAAGAACGUGUUUAAUCUUUGAAUUCAAAUCUUGGCUCUUUUUUUUUUGUUUUCUGCUGCACUUUUGGUGGUGUGGCUGGUUGAUUCACUCCCACAGUGUAAGAAGUUUGAAGAUGAGCGAGCAUCUGUUGUCUU